GAUUUUUCCCAAAAUCCCUUCGAUAAUAUCGAAUAAUCUUUGCCGGGAUUUUUCACGAAUCUAACAUACAACGAGUUUUCAUUUGAUAGCUCGUUAUUUUCGGCUUCACUUUUUCAAAGAAAUUGGCCUGAAAGUUUAAUUUAAUUGUGACAUAUUUGUGUGCUAAGACAUAAGAGCACAAUGAGCUCGCCCGAUGAUAUUCCUGGACCAUCAAAACCGCUCGUCCAGAGCUCACCACGCAGAUCCAGCACUGAUUCCAAGUCGCAACCAUCGCCGCCAACUACUAGCCAUGGUGGACGUGGCAUUGCUAACAGAGAAUCUCCCAUCUCAAAUCGUAGCCCCUUAGAUGGACAUAGUCUUGACGUGGGACCAAGCAACUUACGCGACCGUCUGCUGGUGGCCAAUGCAAAUGGUGUGGCCUUGGAUGCAUCUAUAAGCGAGGAAAACGAUACAACUAGCUCUUCAUCACCGCAGAUGAAUGGCCAUCGUCACGAUGACUCCAACGAGUCCGAUCAGCAAAAUGGAGUGGAUAUGAAUGGAGGACCUCCCAAGUCCAAGAAGAAGAAAAAGAAGAAUCGCCGUCGCCGUAAACGCUAUAUAUCCGGCGAUUCCGCUUUAAUGGGCUGGACUGGUGAAUUCCCGAAGUUAACACCAAUUGCCAACUUAGAUAAUAGCUCGGAUACAGAGUCACAGUCGCCUGGCGCUCUUCUGGAAUUGGGUAGAAGUGGCCUAAUGGUGUUUCCGAGAGUGGAACCGCAAGCUGCGACAUCAUCAGCAGGGACAACAGAGACGACUCCUGAUAUGGCUAAAAUGGCUGAGGAGCAGCAGCAGCACCACAACCAGCAGCAUCAACAGUCGCUAGCAGCAGCAUCACCGCCGCCACCAUCGACAAUGAUGACAUCGCCGGUCGAGUCCUCUCUGUCCUCCAAUUCUGAUUUGAUAAUGACGAUAUCAACGUCACCACACCAACAACCAGAGCCUGAACAGUCGAUCACUUUAGGGACUGAAGCAAGUAGUAAUUUAACUAUAGCAACUACAACAACUAGCAACAGCAACAACAGUCCUAACACAGCUGGUAGUGCAACAACAUCAUGUCCAGGGACAACAGCAAACAACGUCCAACAGACACAAUUAGAUAACCAGGAGGAGGAAAUGGAGAUGGAGCAGCCGACAGAGAUUGAAGAUGAUGAGGAACAAGUUGAACCCCUGGUGGUGGCCGAAGAUGAGGGCAGCUCAAGUGUCCCCUUGGUAUCUAAGUCGCCGUCGUCUUCGUCGUCGUCGUCGUCCCCGCCGCCGCCGCCUCUUUCAUCGCCAGUCAACAAAGAAGCAAUCACUCCGGAUACCAAGCUGGAGGACGCCAAGAAAGAUAUCAAAAAAACGAAGGAAGAUAGCGAACCUAAAGUCCCACUGGACAAAAGUAACAAGAAAAAUGAGAAAAAAAAUGUAUUCGGUCGACUUGCGGCGCGCUCAAAGUCUUUUUGUAGUCGUCCCUCCUCGGAUAAGCUGACACCGCGCCUUUCCCGUUUUAAAAGCCAGGAAGAGGAACCGCAAAAGCCAGCUGUACAGGUUGCCACCACUAGCAAGCAGACUAAAGUUAAAACCGUGGACGUACAGCCUACAACCCCGGGCCUGAAAUUGAAAGCCACCGAUGAGUUCUAUCGUUUACCCUUUGCCUAUGGUUGGAAGCGUGAGCUCGUCCUUCCCAGCACUGGGAAUCCGAAUCGUCGUGUCGGUGAUGUCUUUUUUAUUGCGCCCAACGGACGAAAGUUGCGAUCACGCGAGGAUAUUGCACCUCUGUUAGAGGGCGAGCUGACCAUCGAACACUUUUGUUUCCAGCGUCUGCCACAGGAGGUGGGUCCGAAAUUCGAGCUAGUGCGUCGUGCUAUGCCGUCCAGUGUAUUUCGUAGCAAGAGUCAGCAGACAGUUGGACAGCCCGUUACGCCGCCUGUCACCGGAAAGCGUGUGUCGAAGCCAAAGGUACCCAAGGGAGCCAGUCCACCGAGCGAGGGAUGGACUGCCACCAUGGCGGUUAAGGGAAAUUCCCGUGUCCUUGCCUCCAGUAAUGGCAACAGCUCAACGACCGGUACACCGAAUGCGUCCAGCUCUAAUCGCAAGAGGAGCUUUAUGUCCAAGCAAGCAUCGAGUGCGUCCAGCGGAAAGAUCGUUGCCUGUGUUUAUUGCCAGGGUCCCCUGAAUCCGCCUGGCACCAAGCAGACCUCGGCCAAGACUAAUAUAUGUCAAAGGUGUUCCAAGAUCAAGCGAAAGAAGCAGAGGGAAUCUGAGAAAAACGAGCCGCAACCGGAGGAAGAGGACCACGAUGAUGAUCAUGAGGAUGAGGAUGAUGAGAGUGAAGGUAGCCUGAUGGAGAUCGGUGAAGAGGUUGAAGUGGCUGGCCAGCAACCGCCAGCAGAGGUGUACAACAACAACAGGGCUCUAAGACGCUCGCCCAAAGUGCAGGAGGUGGUUGUGAUUGGCGGUCGCAAGGCCAUAGCUAUCAAAGCCGAUCCGCCACUUCGUCAACUGAAAGUGGUUCCACGUCAACCAGAUUUGACCAGCUAUGAGAGGAUCUACAACAAGCGGAAAAAUCAAAGCCAAACGGUAGCCAAUUUAGUCGGCAGUGCCCAGAAUAGCUGUCAGGUGCUGGCAGCCGUUAUGAAAACGAUGAAUCUAAAGGAACGUUCUAACAUGUCCAGGGUGUGCAACACAUGGUUCAUGGUUAGCAAAGAGAUGAGUGUGUGGCGAACGGUAAGCCUGCGCGACACAUACGUUAGUAAUUGGAUGCAUUUGUUGCGUAAGAUGUGUCGUAAUCAUACCCGGGAGCUGGACAUGAUGGGUGUAACAAUGAUGACGCCUUCCAUUCGCCUUUCGUCAGAUUUACGUACCCUGAGGUCACUACGAAUCUUACGUACGGAUGCAUCGACAGAGGCUUUCAUGACAUUGAUAUUUCGAAAUUUACCCAAACUAAAAGAAUUAAGGGCCACAUGCACCAGUGAAGCUUUGAGUCUGUCGAAUAUGGUUAAAUGGAAUGAUCUACGGGUCCUACGGCUUCGUAUGACCCAUCCGAAAUCGGUUAUACAAUCUAUAAACAUCAUAGAGCGAUUCCAUAACUUAACUGAGUUAAGUCUGCGUGGAGUGUCGAAUUUCGAACAUUUGGAUUUGAAGAUAUUUUCCCAUCUUCGUAAACUGGAGGUUCUAUCGUUGGGCUUUUGCCAGGACAUGGACUGUAAUAAGUUAGGCAGAUAUGUGCUGCCUAUGCUGAAGUCUUUACGUUCUUUCCGCUUGGAGAAUGAUCACAGGGGCAUGACCAUGUUCCCGCUGGAUGAUAUUAUGUAUGGAAUAUCAAUUGCUGGUAGAGUAAAACGUCUGGAAUUGGUUAACGUGGAUGUGAACAGUGAAUUUACCACUUUCCUUUCCAACUGUCCGUCUGUGAGAGAAUUACUGUUGACACCAAAUUGUAUGCAGAAUACGGCCAACAUGACCAAUGCCGUAAUGCAGGCCGUCAGCGAUAAUGCCGAGCAAUUGCAAAUAUUUCGCCUGGGUUUGAUUACCCAGCUAUUGAGUGCCACUAGUGCACUGUACAAUGGCAAGGGCAGGGCUGUAAUACCUGUUCAGCGUCCUGUUCCUGGAAUUCCAGGCGACGAUCAUCUUAAUACAUGUUCAGAUGAUGAAAACUGUACCGAAGUGGAUCAUACCGAUUGUGUUGCCGUUUUGCCAGUGGAGCGUUUGGAGGCCAUACUGCAUCAUAUGAUGCCACAUGCUUGGCUUACGGUGGUCAAGGUGGAUAUGAGUGAGACUACCAAUAUGAAGUUCCUGCCCCGUCCGGAAGAGUACAGCAAGAACCACCCUUAGCCCCAGGAUAUAUAUACAGAAGCCUAGGUGCCAUAAGUUAGUUUAUAAGUAAUCACCCCUCCCAGUACCAGAGAAUGGCAAGACUGAGUCUUCGAGAAUCAUCACAUUAACACAAGAAACUACUAAACUUUAACCCACACUAAGGUUUAUCAACACAAAAAGACAGCAACAAAGAAAUAAUGUAACCUCUUCUCGAAAAUGUACCGGCAAGUUUUUUAGUUGGUUUUUGUUUUCAAUUUUUCCAGAAGGAUUUGUCUUUAAGUUUGGACGGCGUUCAAAACGCCUUGAUUUCAGAAAUUGCAGUGAUCCAAAAACUUGACAAACACCACACAGCAGCGCUGUCUUUUUAAUUUUCUAACUGCUCGGUUUUACACAUUUUAUUAAUAUAUAUUCCUUUUAAAAAAACAACGAACCAACGUAAUAAAAGGAAAGAAAAAUUGCCUGGAGGGGAAAAUAUAUAAUAUUUUGUUGACUAUAAAUUGAUUUUACCAAAAUUUUUGGCAAUGUUGAAUUUGAAAUUCAACAAUAAUCUGUAAGUACUUAAGUACAAUCGUUACGAAUAAGUCCACCUUGAUCUUGAACAUGAUAUAAAGAUCAAACCUAUAUUGAUUAAGUAAUAUAUCCAUUAAAAUGGUUAACAAGAGAAAAAUCAGAAGGAAAAACAUUUUGCCAUUCAUUUUAAAAAUAAAUAAAAUCCAUAUGUAAA